AUGAGAAGUUCAUGUCGUUUUGAUGAGAACAAGAAUGUAUCCACUGCGAAGGCUAAUGGUCAAUUGAGUAGUCAUAGUACACAAGUGCAAUUAGAAUCUCGUAAGGGUUCAUUUAAUUGGGAAGAUGAAAAAACCAAAACAAAGGAAUUUUAUGACGAUGGGACAUCAACUUUCUUCUGGAAUGCACAUACUGUUUUAUGUUUGAUAAUAUUCGCAUGUAUUCUCACCUAUGUUGCUGUUGCAGAGAAUGGCAAUUACUCCUCUGAAUACAACAUGAAACGUGGUAUUAGUGCUGUUAUCAUGGUAUUUCUUCUGUUCGGAGUCGUACAUACGCCAGACGGACCGUUUCUUCGGCCUCAUCCUGCAUUUUGGAGAUUUGUACUAUGCCUUAGCAUUUUAUACGAGUUGAUCCUGGUCUUUCUACUAUUUCAGAGUGUAGAUGAUGCACGUCAAUGGUUACGAUAUUUAGAUUUGGAACUUGGAAAACCAUUAGAAGAAAAAGAUUACGGUGGAAAUUGUCGAAUAUACGAUUGGGAUACACCGGAUGAUCCAUGGCAUAAUAUUAUCUCAAAAAUGGAUGGUUUUGUAGUAGUCCACUUUGUUGGUUGGUGGGCGAAAAUGUUAAUCCUCCGUGAUUAUUGGAUAUGCAAUGUAUUGAGUUUUGCAUUUGAAGUAUUGGAAUACUCAUUAGAGCAUCAGUUACCGAAUUUCUCUGAAUGUUGGUGGGAUCAUUGGAUAAUGGAUUUUUUAGGCUGUAAUCUGCUUGGAAUUUGGUUAGGAAUGAAAACAAUGAAUUAUUUAAGUAUGAAACAUUAUUAUUGGCGAGGAAUGUGGAAUAUACCGAGUUACAGGGGUAAACUUCGAAGAGCUAUGCUACAGUUCACACCACACAGAUGGACUGAUUUUGAUUGGCGACCAACUGGAAGCUUAAAACGAUGGUUGGGAACUUUGUUCCUGGCAAUUGUGAUACUUACAGCAGAACUGAAUACUUUCUAUUUGAAGUAUGUACUUUGGGUACCGCCUCCUCAUUUUCUCUGUCUUGGACGUUUAAUCUUCCUUAUUUUCAUGGGAGCUACAGCAAUACGUGAAUAUUUUGAAUAUUUGGAUGAUCCAAAAUGCAAACGUUUAGGAAGACAAGCAUGGAUGCUGGCAAGCAUUAUCAUAACUGAAUUCUUGAUUGUCUUAAAAUUCGGUUGGGAUGUAGUCACUAAACCACUGCCUCAUCAUAUAUGCAUUUUUUGGUCGUUAAUUUUAACCGGUCUCAUUCUAUGGACAUUUUGGCACUUUUAUAUUGUCCCCUGGCUAUUUCGAUCUAGUCGUCAGUCUGAUGUUGAUAAGGAUCAGCGACAAGAUUCCGUUGAAAAAGAAGAUUCUAUUAUUAUUUAUCGCCGACGAAUGAAUAAAUCAACAGUGAACUCCAAUCAUCAUCAUUCAUAG